UUCCAGUUAUCCCCAGAGAGACUAUCUCUAUCUUCCCCUAUUCAUGCAUAAAUCUCCCAUUCAUAUUCAGGCAAAGAUUGCAUGUCUAGUCUCAGCAAGGCCUGAACCCCGCAUUAUUUGGACCCGUGAUGGUGUUGAAAUUGCAGGAGGAAAUACUGCAACAUUUAAAAGAGGUAUAGAACAACAACAUCGUUACAAAUUGAGUUUGAGUAGAGUUUCUGGUGCUAUAGACGAGUUUGAAUCAGUUCUAAGUCUGGACAGUGUAGAGGAACACGAUUACGGCAUUUUUGUCUGUGAAGCUAGCAAUGGGGCUGGAAGAAGGAAAAGUUCUGUGGAAAUUAGGUUUCAACCUAAAGGCCUUCCACAAACCCCUAUCUUUGCAAAACAACUUCAAUCGGGAAUUGACUGGAUUUUGUUGGGUUGGCGGCCAGGUUUUGAUGGUGGGGAGAAGCAAACGUUGGAAUUGGAACUUAGGGCUGUAGACCCUUUUACUGGAAGGCCAUCGAGUGAGAAUGAGCCAGAACAUAUUGUUUUUGGAUCUGGAAAUUGGACAACACUUUCUUUGUUUUUGAACGACGAUUCUGCCCUAACCGAAACCUUCCUCGUCUACAACAUAACCAAACUACGCCCAGCUUCAAGCGUCUGGUACCGUGUGAGGGCUAGGAAUUCUCGUGGGAUUUCAGAUUGGACAGCUAUAAGUACAGCAAGUAGUGAGGAUGUAAAUGAAAGUGGGGGUGAUAUACAGGCCCCUGAAAGUGUUGUUUAUUUAACUAAAGAACGGAAGCUUGUAGUACAACCACUUAAAUAUUCUGCUGGACAUUGUGCGUUGGUUUAUGCGGCUUCGAGUGAGGAUGGACAGAUGAGGAGUGUUAAUUGUUUUCCAUUAACCGAUUCUGACGGUACUUUCUCCGACAUAAUGCCUUCUGAACGUUUUAAAGUGCGUUACUGUAAUGUUGAUGAUCUUCGGCAUUGUUCUGCUCCAAUGAAAAUUUUUGUGGACGAUUAUUCCUCGGCCAAUUCUUUUUUGAUGCUUACACUCAUUAUUCUUGCUGUUUGUAUUAUCAGCGCUUCAAUUUUGAUUGUAUUAAUCUGUACAAGACAGCGUUUACGAAAAGCAGCAAAUGCUCAAUUAAGAGCUAGAGGUCCAGCGGCUAAAGGGGCUAUGAAGAGGAUUACUUUGAAUGGAGCUGCUAUUGAAAGGUAUCUAUUUAAAAUGAGGAAAUAA